AUGGCGUCCGAAUAUAAGUGUACCCAAUUUACUGAAGCAUUACCAGAACCUGGUACCAAUGAAGCUGAAAACAGUGCUGUAUCUAUAUUCAUUACUACUAUAGUUCAAUCCUACCGUCCAUAUCAUUAUUAUUUACUUACCCCUAUAGUUGUUUUUGCUAUAUUUGCAAAUAUUCUCAUUGUGGUAGUUCUUUCUCAUAAAGAAAUGAGAAACUCUGGAGUUAACAUCACCAUGAUGCUAAUUGCUUUGUGCGAUUUCGGGUGCUCAUUGACAGGAGUCACUCAGCUUUUUCUCGGAACUUCUAUGUAA